GGCGGGCCUGCCCAGCGAGUGAGGCGGGCGCGCAUGCCCAUUCACCUCUUUCCCCCCCCCUCCCGUUCCUGACAGUCUCGUUCAAGGUGAUUUUGGAUACCGUUUGAAGAGCUGCUAUGGAAAAAUGGAGCUUAAUGACAAUUGCUGCAUUACUAGGACUUAUUGUCCGUUGGACUGUAUCACUUGGUUCUUAUUCAGGUGCAGGAAAGCCACCUAUGUUUGGAGACUAUGAAGCUCAGAGACACUGGCAAGAAAUCACCUACAAUCUACCAAUCAAACAUUGGUACUUCAACACCAGUGACAAUAAUCUGCAGUAUUGGGGCCUUGACUAUCCACCUCUAACUGCUUAUCACAGUCUUUUGUGUGCUUAUGUAGCCAAAUUAAUAGAUCCAAAUUGGAUUGCUCUGCAUACAUCCCGUGGAUAUGAAAGUCAGCGACACAAGUUAUUUAUGCGUACAACAGUUCUUGUUGCUGAUUUGCUGGUUUACAUUCCUGCAGUAAUCUUGUACUGUUGUUACUUAAAAGAUACUUCAACUAAGAAAAAGAUUUCUAGUGCUCUCUGCAUAUUGCUUUAUCCAGGUCUUAUUCUGAUUGAUUAUGGACAUUUUCAGUAUAAUGCUGUGAGCCUUGGCCUUACUUUAUGGGGAGUGCUUUGCCUGUCAUAUGAUUUGGACAUUUUGGGCUCGAUAGCCUUUUGCUUAGCUCUUAACUACAAACAAAUGGAGCUUUACCAUUCUUUGCCCUUCUUUUGCUAUCUGCUAGGAAAGUGCUUCAGAAAAGGCCUGAUGGGGAAGGGGUUAUUCUUAUUAAUAAAACUGGGGUUUACUGUCGUUGUUUCUUUUGCCCUCUGUUGGCUCCCAUUUUGGACAGACGUCAAACAAAUUUUGCAAGUGCUCAGAAGGCUCUUUCCAGUUGAUAGAGGUUUGUUUGAGGAUAAAGUAGCCAAUAUUUGGUGUACCAUAAGUGUCCUUUUCAAAAUAAAGACAUAUCUGUCAGCAGAAACACAGUUUAAACUGAGCUUUGCUUUAACAUUCCUGACUGUACUUCCAAGUUGCAUAAAAUUAACUCUGCAGCCUUCUCUCAAAGGAUUCAAAUAUGGUUUGGUUAGCUGUGCACUGUCCUUCUUUUUGUUCUCAUUCCAAGUGCAUGAAAAAUCCAUUCUUCUAGUUUCAAUUCUUAUGUGCUUAGUUAUAAAUGAAAUUCCUUUUAUGUCUACAUGGUUUCUACUUGUUUCUACAUUCAGCAUGCUUCCUCUUCUCUUGAAGGAUGGCCUGCUCUUGCCUUACACUGUGACGACGUUGGCUUUUUUCACAGCGUGCAUAACUUCUUUUUCAAUAUUUGAAAAGACUUCUGAAGAUGACCUGCAGCUGAAAAUCCUUUCUUCUUCCAUUAGAAGAUACAUUUCUUGGUUUAAGGCAUUUCCCGAUAUUAUGAAGAAUUUAUUCCUUGUCUCAAUAACUCUGAUGGGCAUCCUGACUUUAAUGAGUGCUACGUUGGAUCCUCCACAGAGGCUACCAGAUUUAUUUCCUCUAGCUGUCUCUGCUGUAUCCUGCUUGCACUUUCUAUUCUUCUUGCUAUAUUUUAAUGUGAUUGUAAUAUGGGAAUCAAGAGAAAGCAGAAAUCAGAAAAAAACCAAUUAGUUCAAAGUGCCAACAUGCAAAACUAAUGACAAGUUAAUCGGACCUAGAAUUGGAAGUGUUAAAUCACUUCACUAUUUCAUGUAUUUUUUGGGGAAAUGCACAGAAAAAUGUUUACAUUUCAAUUUGUAAUGUUUGAGGAAAGCAAUUGUCCCAAACAAAAGGAGUUAGAAGUGAACUUCAUAUUUUGUAAGCAGUAAAAAUGAAUUGUAAUACUUGAUGAUGUGUUCAAAAUGAAAAGGCUGAUGUGUCUUUCAACUGAAAAUAAUUCAGGAACAACUUGGCAAACGGUGCCAGUUUAAUUUAAAUAAAUAAAACCGCUGGAUUAAUUUAAUAGUAUGAGUGUAUCAGAUUGAUGCAGUUCCAAAAAUGAAUGUGUUAGUGAUACAGAGGUAUAUGUUACAUCAGUCACUCAUGUCUGAGACUACUAAAUGCUAUCUCUUACAGCCUAUCUGAUUACAUACAUUAAACUGCCUUGUACAAUAUUUCACCGUGCUCCAUAACAUAUGCUUAAAAUCAUCAAGGUCACUACACUUAUAUUCAUGAUUCAGUGUCAUGGCUCAUGCUUACAUGACAGUCUUAUUUUGGCAUUAACCUCUAUACGAGCUGAAGUCCAUAACGAGUUCCAAGGUACCGUAGUGACUAACAUUUUUCAUACAUAUCCAUAUGUGAGCAUCACACUGAAGCAGAUUUUAUAGUCAAAACAUCAUCAGCCUUUAUAUAUAUAUUUAUUCUAAUUCAGCACUUCAACAGGAAUAGAUGUGGCAGAGCAUAUCAUCCAGAAGAACUUAAAUCCUAUUGUGCAGUCAGUUUUUGUAAUGUUCUUCUAGUAAUUUUGAAAUUUCAAUUCAGAGGUUGUUUUUAAUGAAAUGGUUACAAAAUAAAUUACAUGGCUAUCCA